GUAACUUUGGUAGUCGGUACUUCCUUUCCGAUAUUCUCACACACCCAACUCGGAAGUCCAGAACAGCGAACAAAUUUUACUCCGAAAACUGUCGCAUUUCCAUGCAGUCAUGAUUUUGUUGGAAAUACAGAAUCGUAUUGUCGAAGAAACGCUCACUCAGAAAAUCAAGAACGUCACAGAAGGUGGAAAACCUGAUGCUAUAGACAUAACUAUUGCAGAUUUUGAUGGUGUUUUAUAUCACAUAUCAAAUCCAGACGAUGACAAGUCAAAAAUCCGGGUCAGCAUAUCGUUAAAGUUCUACAAGGAGCUUCAGGAGCAUGGAGCUGAUGAGCUUAUAAAACGAGAGUAUGGGUCCCAGCUAGUGCCAUCAGAAGACGGGUACGAUGUGUCCAUUGUGUUUGACCUUGAGAAGCUGCCCGAUGACCAUGAAGAAGCUGUACGGAAAGCUGGACUUCUCAAGAGAAACUGUUUUGCCUCUGUGUUUGAAAAAUAUUUUGAUUUCCAACAGAAGGGACAGACCGGAAACAAGCGAGCUGUGAUACCGUACAGGGAUGAUGAAACCAUGUACGUGGAGUCGCAAAAAGACAGAGUCACCGUGAUAUUUAGUACAAUUUUUAAAGAUGAUACUGAUAUAAUAAUAGGCAAAGUAUUUAUGCAAGAAUUCAAAGAGGUACGGAGGAAAUACCAACAGGCACCCCAGGUGUUGUUCACACACCGAGAGCCUCCCACAGAACUCCAAGGAACCCAGGCACGCACCGGGGACAACAUUGGCUACAUCACAUUUGUGCUGUUUCCUCGCCACACGAAGGCUGAUAGUCGCGACAACACGAUCAACCUCAUACAUACGCUGAGAGACUACCUUCACUACCACAUAAAGUGCUCCAAGGCCUACAUUCACUCUCGUAUGAGGGCUAAGACGACAGACUUCCUCAAGGUGUUAAACAGAGCUAGGCCAGAACCUCUGAAGGAUAGAGAAAGAAAGACAGUCACAGGGAAGACAUUCAGGCAAAACUAAGGAGCAGAGGACAAUGCAGAGAUUGGCUAUGUUCAAAUGGCGGAUGAUGUUUGAGAUGACGAGAAUUGUAGGACUUGCUUUAAUCUCGAUGGAGAUUUAUGUGAGUGAGAGUGAGAUAUUGGGUACGUGUGUAGACCUAUGGAGACCUUGUAUAUCUCAAGAGAUAUUAGGUACGUGUGUAGACCUAUGGAGCCCUUGUAUAUCUCAGAGAUAUUGGGUACGUGUGCAGACAUAUGGAGACUUUGUAUCUC